AUGAUUGAAGCUGCUUGCAACCGAAGCAAUCAAAAUGACAUAAUAUUUCUCACAAAGGAAUCGAUUGAAAAUAUGCCUGUUAUACUGGCUUCCGGUUCGUCAAUAAUUGACACACCAGUUGAUGUUGCGGCAAAAUCUAAUGCUAUUACAGAAUUGGUCAUGGAAAUGCAGCCACUAGCUGAUGGGGCAUUAACAUCUGAUGCUUUUACAGAAGUGAUCAUGGAAAUGGAACCAAUAGCCUAUGGUUCGUCUCUGUGUUCCCGUCCGUUAACAUCGGUUACUGAGGAAUGCAUGGAAUCAUCCGGACCAGCUACAACUUCACAGGCUACACCACGUUAUGAUAACAAUGCUACCUGCAUUGACAACUAUCUAAGCGAUGAAAGUGACUACAAUAUCAAACAACUUGUACCCUAUUCUGAGCACUCAGAUUCAAACAGUGAAGAAGAACCAAGAGGAGGUAAGAGGAGAAAAAGGUGUCAGGUUAACAAGGCAACAUGGAAUGAAUACAAAAACAAGCUUAAUCGGGAAAAGGGGAAGCAGUAUACUGGGCGUAAAAAGGUUGACGGGAAAUGGGAAAAAACGCUAAAGAAUAAACGAGUGCUUAAACCUCGAUGCAAAUGUAAGACAAAUGACAAAACUGCUUUAAAAUGCUGUGAAAUUACAGAAGAUGAUAGAAAAGUAAUAUAUGAAAGGUUUUGGGGGAUGACUUGGGGAGAAAAAAAGAUUUUCGUGAAUAGUCUUGUACAAGAGAUACCUACAAAACGGCCAAGAGAUAGAAAAGACCCAUCUAUUUCAAAGAGAAAAAGCUCAAUGAUUUAUAACUUGCUUUUGAAAGAUGAACAGCGUGUUAGAGUCUGCAAAACGAUGUUUCAAAACACUUUGUGUAUCACGAAAAUGACCAUCUGGAACUGGAAAAAAGGUAAAGAAAAUACCUCUCACAAUGGAAACCAAAAUGUAUCUGCCAGAAAAAAUCCCCAUGAAGAAGAGGUAGAAUCACUUAAAGAGUUUUUGAACAAUAUACCAAAAAUGGAAUCCCACUAUUGCCGCAAAACUACAUCAAAGCUUUAUUUGUUACCAGAAUGGACAUCAAAAAGAGCCCUGUACAAAUUCUACGAAAAAGACUGGUGCGCGUCGCGGAAUAUUAAACCUCUGUCAAUAGCAAAAUUCAGCAACACUUUAGAAAUUGAAAAUAUAUCACUGUUUAAGCCGAAAAAAGAUGAGUGCGAAAAAUGCCUAUCCCAUAAACUCGGAAAUAUAUCUGAUGCAGAACUUAAGGAACAUAUAGACAGAAAAAAUGAAGCCCGAAUUGAAAAAAGAAAACGAUAA